AUGCAAACAAAUGAAGAACUAUUAAGAAAAGAAGAAGAGGAAAUUUCCAAAACCAUAGCCUUGUCCCUCGAGGAGUAUCAUGCUUCUCAGCAAAGAAAUAAGCAAUCUAACUUAGAUAUAGAUGAUGAAAAUGACGAAUUGUUACAAGAAGCAAUAAGAUUGUCCAUUUUAAAAUGUGAUACAAAAAAUACAGAGAAAGAAAAGUCCGAUUUAAAUGAUAGUUAUUAUGAUAUUGCAAAAAAAAAUUUUGAUAAGAUUACAUAUUAUUUAUGUAAUAAUUAUGAAACAACAAAAAAUAAAACGGAUAUAAUUGAUAAUAAACUAUUUUGGAAAGAAAUAUAUAAAGAUUAUAAGAAUAUAUAUAUAAUAAUAAAAGAUUAUAUAAAUAAUUUACAUAAAAGAAAUGAAAAAUUAAAUGAAGGAAAAAAAAAUUCAAAUUAUUCAAGUAAUGAUGAAUAUGAUAGUGAUGAAAAUUCAAGCGAUUGUAGUAGUUCCUCUUCUUUAUCUUGCCAAUCGUUAGAACAAAUAAAAAAAACAUAUAAAAAUAUAAAUUAUACAACACAAGAUUAUUGUAAAUGGUUAAAAAAAGGUAAUAGAAGUAAAAGUUUAAAUGAUCAUGUAUAUGUAAAUUAUUUAUUAACUGAAAUGAAAAUAUUUGAAGAUUCAAAUAAUUUACAUGAUUUAGUUUUUGGUAUUAAUAAUUAUAAAUAUUCAAAUAAAAUGGAUAUACAAAAAUGGUGCAAUCAUAAUAUAUCAUUUUAUGAUGAUAAAAAUAUAAAUUUUGGUCUUCGCCAAUUUUUAAGUGGGCCUUGUGGUCUUAUUUCAAGCAUUCAAGCAUAUAUCAUAAUAAUUUUGCUUUUUAAUUAUAAAUAUAAUUUUUUAUGGGAAAAUGAUUAUUUUAAUAUUCUCAAAACUAACAACGAUUUUAUGAACAUGUCAUUUAAUAAUACCGAUAAAAAUAAAUUAAUCGAACAAAACAAAAUGAACACAACUAAUUUUUAUAAAGAAGACACAUCUAAGGAUUCAAAUAAUGAGAAACAAAAUGAAGAUAUACAAUAUGAUAAUACAAAUGAUGUACAUAAAAAUUUGGAUACAAAACAAGUUACCCAAUUUAAAAAUAUAGAAUCAUCACAUAAUAAGGAAAGGUGUUGUGAAAAAAAUGAUGAAGAAAUGAAUAAAAAGGAUAAUGAAAUUUUAUAUCUAGUUAGAGAACAUAUUCGUGAUUUAAAAUAUUAUUCUUUAGUAGAAUCAUUAGCAUAUAUAUUAUAUCAAUGUACUGAUAAGUCAUAUUAUAUUGUUGCUUUUUUGUUACCAGAAUGUUAUGACUUGACAUAUAAUUUAAGCAAACAAAAUAGUAAUGAAUCUAUUGUAAGAGAUAUAAAAAAAAUAAAUAUGUAUUAUAAAGAGUUUAAUAAUAUAAAAGAUGUUAUUCGUUUUUAUUUAGAACAUUUUAUAAUAUUUUCAAGUUCAACUGGUGUAAUAUCUUUUCUUUAUUCAGUUAUAUUAACUAGAGGGAUAGAUAAUAUAAAAGAUGAUAUGGAUGAUAUAAACCACCCAUUAAUAGGUAUAUAUGGGCAUUGUUCCCAAGAAUUAGUAAAUCUUUUAUUAACAGGCCGAGCUUGUUCAAAUGUAUUUGAUAAUACUAGUAUCAUAAAUACAUUCUUAAAUAAUGAUGUAGAUAUUGUAAGUACAUAUGAAAAUGGAGGAAAUAAUAAUUAUAGUAAUCCAUAUUUUGUUGGAAUAAAUAAUGGAAAUGAUUCAAAAAAUUCUCAAAAUAUUAUGGAUAUACAAAAUUCUACAUCAUUUAAUAAAAAUAAUAUAAUACUUAAAGGUAUAAAUAAAAGACCAUUAAUAGGAUUGUUAACAGAUUUUGAAGCUUUUAAAUAUUGUGAAGUUGGUAAUUUUUAUAAAUAUCCGAUAUAUCCAAUUUGGGUUAUUAGUAGUUCUAAUCAUUAUACUGUUUUAUUUUCCUUAAAUAUAAAAAAUUCAAGAUGCACAAGUGAAGAAUUGUAUUUAGAAAAACUUAAUAAAGUGUGGAAAAAAUAUGAUAAAGAAGAUAAUAAAUAUAUAUUAUCACAUUUUAUAUCAAGAUUUAUUGAUGAUUUAAAUAUAAAAGAUGAAUAUAGAAAUAUGUUUCAAGGUUUUGUAAAUGAUCUAGAUAUAUUAUUAUAUUCAGAAUUUAAAUCAUUUUAUUUGCAAGUCAAGCAAAAAGAUAUUGAUGAGCGAAAAUUUGCUGAUCCACCAAAAGACAAAUAUUUUUAUUUAUAUGAUGCCCAAGAAAUACCAGAAAAAGCUAUUACUUAUUUUUUUUUAAAGGGAGUUGAUUAUGAUGUUUCUCAUGAUAACAAUUUAAAAUUCUUUAAUACAAGAUGGCCAAACAACUCAGUGGAGGUUUUAAAUAAGACCAAGAAAAUGAGCAGAUAG